UUUUUAUGAUUUUCAAUGAAGAUAAAUUCAAUCCAAAUAAAUCGAACUUUUACCAUAACGCAAAGGGUAAGUUUUGCACGCCACUCUAAAAUUAGAAACUUCUUGUUCCUUGUUAAACCUCCUCCUCUAAUCGCAUUUCUCACAAGGAUCGUAACAGGUUUUUCAUUUGACCAGUUGCUGAAUUCAGUCAACGAUCAGAUGGCGGAUGGAGAUAAUCCAUCGCGGUACGUGAAAUUGAACAAGGAUCAAGCGCCUGUUGAGAUCAAUCCCGGUGAGCUUAAUCAGCCCAUUGAAGUUCCUCAGCUGAAUGUUCGCAAGUGCAAUGAAUGUGGGCAGCCUUUACCUGAGAGCUUUGAGCCUCCUGCUGUUGAGCCUUGGACAACUGGUAUAUUUGGUUGUGCUGAAGAUACAGAAAGCUGCUGGUCAGGACUUUUUUGUCCUUGCGUUCUGUUUGGAAGGAACUAUGAAAACUUGAGAGAUGACUACGCGUCUGGGACAACUGCAUGUGUUCUUCAUGCAAUAUUCAUCGAGGGUGGUUUAGCAGUUGCUGCAACAACCGCAGCAUUGCACGGGAUUAUUGACCCGAGAACGUCAUUUCUCAUUUGUGAAGGUGUGUUGUUCGGUUGGUGGAUGUGUGGUAUCUACACUGGCAUUGUUCGACAAAUGUUACAGAAGAAAUACCAUCUUAAGAACUCGCCAUGUGAUCCAUGUUUGGUGCACUGUUGUUUGCAUUGGUGUGCUUUAUGCCAAGAACACAGGGAGAUGAAGGGUCGUCUUUCUGACAACUUUGUGAUGCCAAUGACCCUGGUCAAUGCGCCGCCGGUUCAACAAAUGAACUCAGCCGAGGACAAUCAAGGGUCAUCUUCUUCUGCACCAUCAUCAUCUGCAAAUGGCCAUGAACAUCAUACCAACUUAGAGAUGCGACCGCUAUGAGCUGUUACUUUUUACACCUAUGAAGUUUCUUUUGCACACAUGACAUUGAAUUGGUUGGUUUUUAAUUUAAUGUUUUUAUUAUUGUGUUUGAUAGGAAGCAGUAUGGAUCUUAAUUUUCGACUUGAAUUUGAGUUUUAUGAUGGUUAUAAUCUUAUUGUUAGUAUUAUUUUUGAUGGCUUUAA